CUAACUACUAAUAAAUUCCUUUGUUGGGCGAUUAAACCCUUCCCCUCCCUCUUCUCCGUGCAUUCACUACUUUCUGCUUCGGGCUUUAUCCGGAUUUGGGGUCUGCUUUCUUCACCGACCUCCAUCUCUCGAGACCCUAACCUUCGGAUCAGGUCUGAGCAUCCAAAUUUUGCACAGGAGGUUUAUUUGUCCGUGCGGUCUUUCAAUUGUCAACCAAGGUUCAUGUCUGAACUCGACCUCCAGACUCCUGCUGCUUUUGAUCCCUUUGCCGAGGCAAAUGCUGAAAGUUCUGGUGCUGGGUCAAAAGAUUAUGUACACAUUCGUGUUCAGCAGCGAAAUGGUAGGAAAAGCUUGACAACUGUGCAGGGGUUGAAGAAAGAAUUCAGCUACAACAAAAUAUUGAAGGACCUCAAGAAAGAAUUUUGCUGCAACGGUACUGUUGUUCAGGAUCCGGAAUUGGGCCAGGUUAUUCAGCUUCAAGGUGAUCAGCGGAAGAAUGUAUCUACUUUCCUUGUCCAGGCUGGAAUUGUGAAGAAGGAACACAUCAAAAUCCAUGGUUUCUGAUCUGCUCGGACAAUUAGUACAUCCAUUGCCGCUUGUAUUGUGCCAGUUGCCUAUUAUCUUAUCUUUUGUUUCCAGUUGCCGGUUACGAUUUGCUUCUGUUAUGCACAAUUGUUAUGGGACAUGAUGAUGUACUUCAUUUUCUGAAUAAUGACAACUUUGUCAAGUGGUCACCAUUAUAUUCUCUCUCAGAUUGCUCUGGCUUCUUUCAUCUCCUAGUCUAGCUUUCCGCCAUAGUUGUCAUGGAGUAAUAAGCUUUAGGGUUAUUUAUUUUUUCUGUAUGGUAACAAACACAAUGUGGGAGCAAAGUCAUUAGAACAUAUUAACUCGCAUAAGACUAUGAAAUUUCUUUUCCUUUAAA